AUGAGCUCCUCCAACCCCGACGAGCGCCUGGACCACCUCCUCAGCGCCGUGGAGAGCGAGUUUCAGAAGGGCAGCGAGAAGGGCGACGCCUCGGAGCGGGACAUUAAACUGACCCUGGAGGACUCGGAGCUGUGGAGCAAGUUUAAAGAGCUGACCAACGAGAUGAUCGUCACCAAGACGGGGAGGCGGAUGUUCCCGGUGCUCAGGGCCAGCGUUAGCGGCCUGGACCCGAACGCCAUGUACUCGGUGCUGCUGGACUUCGUGGCCGCCGAUAACAACCGCUGGAAGUACGUUAACGGAGAGUGGGUCCCGGGCGGGAAGCCGGAGCCGCAGAGCCCGAGCUGCGUCUACAUCCACCCGGACUCCCCCAACUUCGGAGCGCACUGGAUGAAGGCGCCCGUCUCCUUCAGCAAAGUCAAACUGUCCAAUAAGCUCAAUGGGGGAGGACAGAUUAUGCUGAACUCCUUGCACAAGUACGAGCCCAGGAUCCACAUCGUGAAGGUUGGCGGGAUCCAGAAAAUGAUCAGCAGUCAGUCUUUCCCCGAAACUCAGUUCAUUGCAGUAACAGCGUACCAAAACGAAGAGAUCACAGCCCUGAAAAUCAAGCACAACCCCUUCGCAAAGGCCUUCCUAGACGCUAAAGAGCGCAGUGACCAUAAGGAAGCUCAGGAACACAGCAGUGACAAUCAGCAGUCUGGAUACUCACAGCUCGGCGGCUGGUUCCUGCCCAGUAACGGCCCCAUCUGCCCCAGCAGCAGCCCGCCGCAGUUCAGCGGAGCCCCGGCCCACUCGUCCAGUUCGUACUGCGAGCGCUACUCCAGCCUGCGGGGCCACAGAGCGAGCCCCUACCCCAGCCACUACCCCCACCGCAGCACUACCACCAACAAUUACAUGGACAACUCUUCAGGAUCUAUUCCUACCCAUGACAGCUGGUCGGCCCUUCAGAUCCCCAACUCCAGUGGAAUGGGGACCCUCGCUCACAGCACCAACACCACCUCCAACACCAGUCAGUACCCCAGCCUCUGGUCCGUCGCCGGGACGACCCUCACCCCUUCCGGAUCAGCUUCAGGCUCCAUCGCCGGGGGCCUGACCUCACAGUUCCUGCGAGGAUCCUCAGUGUCCUACUCUGGCCUGACCUCCUCUCUGCCCGUCUCCUCUCCGUCGUCCAUGUAUGACCCGGGCCUGAGUGAGGUGGGCGUGGGCGACGCCCAGUUCGAGAGCUCCAUCGCCCGACUCACGGCUUCCUGGGCGCCUGUGGCACAGAGCUACUGA